AUGUCACGCAGCUUUCCAAAUCCGAAGAUCCAUCAAAGCUUUGAGGGCGAGCGGACAGUGAAACGCGAGGAGGAGAGCAGAGAGGAGCUCAUCUUGGAUCUCUGCCGGGACGUCCCCGCCGCCGUGUGGCAGCAGCUCGGGGAGGCUCCGGGUGCGUUCCAGAAGCUCAGGAAGGCGAGCUUCAGAUCGUGCUUCAAUGAACGCUCCAAGGGCGCGGAGGGCGCUGGAGGGCUGCUGUUUGCCUUGAGCCGCUGCCAGCUGCUGCAGGAGCUGAACAUGCGUGACUGCUCCCAAGUCCCGGCGGCCGCCUGGCAGCUGCUGGCGACGGCCCGCUGGGAGCAGCUCCGGAAGGCGGACUUCACUUUGUGCUUCAAUCAACGCUCCAAGGGGGUCGAGGGCGCCGAAGGGCUUCUGUUGGCCUUGAGCCGCUGCCGGCAGCUGCAG